CCCAACAUCAGGAAAUCAACUGGUGCUAUUAAUAUAUCAGCGCAGAAGGUUAGUGGGUAAAGGCUGUUAGUGCGAACAGACCAGCAUUCAGCUGGGGCAAAAUACGUUUUAUCACCAAAAUCAACGCAGUGCUAUUAACAGCUUUAGAACGUCUUGUGCUGUGGGAUGAUUUGCUGCAACUGUUCUCCAACUUCACAGUUAUGGAGGAAGUUGUCUUGCUCUCAGAACCGGCCAUAUGUGAGGUGUUGAUUGUGCAUUCUUGCGAGGCUCAGGAAUGGGCUACAUAUCUGCAGAAUAUACUGAAGUCUUCACGCAAGUUUCCCAAGAGGUCAAUUGUACUGUAUGCAGUGGACUAUGCUGAUGAUCUAAAUGGAUGGGACUUCACAGUUUUUCAUAAUAGUAAAUGUAUCGUGCUGCUGCUGACACCAACAAUGCUGGACAUUCUAAAUGCCACUGAAGUCCUAGGAAUUUUCCAGAGUUUCCUUCACCCUCCACAAAGAGUGACAGCUCUGUUGUGUGGGAUUUCCGAGGAGGACAUGCCCCCUGAAUGGUUUGAGGACUGGCACAGCUGGAGAAGAUUACAUGCUGAAGAUGAACCUUCUCUUUAUAUCUCCACUAUUCAAGAGUCAAUUGCUAACAGUUAUACAAAGGAGGCUCAAAAUGAAGCGGAAGAAGAGACAAAAACAGAAGCAAAAACAGAAGCAAAACCAGAGUGUGACAUCCCUUUGAGUAAAGAUGAGGAGAGAGAGAAAGAGUCAUGUGCUGAACCAGAGGGUGCCAUGGAAGAAACUGAAGAUGUGGAAAGAAAAAUUCCCCAAAACCUGUCAACAGAUACCACAUAUCCCGCCUGCCUCACUGUUCAACCGAACAAAGUUCUAUGUGGGGACAAUGCAAAAACUAUUUUCAUAAUUUUUUCAAAUAAACUGGAUAACCAGCUAAAACUGGAGGUGGAGUUUUCCUCUAAGGAUUCAGUGUCAAAACGAGUUGUUGGAGUUUUGGAAAACGAUUACACUAUUAGUGUUCGGGCACCAGAUAUGCCCACUGGAGAAGUGUCACUCACACUGCAUAGUUAUGUCUUACCAAUCUGUUUGAGGCCUGUGACAUACUACACAGCCAUGGGAGAAGUCAGCCGUUACCUACAACAUGCAACUUCUCCCAUUGACUUUUUGUGUCAGGCAUUCAAUAUCACAUCCAAUACCAGAGAGUCACUGGACAAUUUGCUGACAGAAUCUUUAAAAUGUAGGAUCCCAGCAACUGGACUUCAUGUGUUUGGAAUCAGACAAAUUGAGGAGGACGAUAUGGCUUCUUAUCAGCGACAGGAGGAGCUGCCUACUCUGCUUCAUUUCGCUGCAAAACAUGGCCUAAAAAAAUUGACCACAGUCCUGCUCCAGUGUCCAGGUGCCUUACAGGCAUACAGCGUCAUGAACAACAAUGGAGAGUACCCAAACACACUGGCAGAAAGGAACGGCUAUCUUGACCUCAGACAGUUUAUGGACGAGUUUGUGGAAACCGCCGACAUGCUGAAGUCUCAUAUUAAAGAAUCUAUCUCGCCUGAAGAUCAGGAGGUUUACGAGUCCAUGUCCAACUCCUCUCGAGAUAUUAUCAUGAAGUGUUCCCUGAAUCCUGGGUGCCAAGAAGACAUCUAUGAGUCCAUGAUAGGGUUAAAUUCAGAGUGCAUGGAGGACCUGUAUGAGGACAUGGAUAAGGCAUCAGGAGAGUCCCUUAAUCCGGAAGUCAUACUAAGAAAGUUUUUUCAAGGGAUGCAUGGUGCUACCCAUGUUGAGGAGGGCACAACUGAUGAAGUGGUUGGAGACCAGAUAGAGUACCCAGAGGGGUCUGAGGAAGAAGACCCUUACAUGUGUGCCACUGACGAAAUUUACGACACAGUGGAUGAGAAUGCUAGCUACCUCCCUGAAAUUUUAAACCGUCCUCCAGCCCCCAUUCCGCGGCCUGUAUCAAGUACAGAUCCUGAUGAGCCUAAGACCUAUAUCUCAAGAGUCUUCUCAGGAAAGGAAGAAUUAAAUCCAGAGAGGGACCUCCAGGAAACAGGGUCAUACAAUCAGGCGAUGCCUUUUGGAGACUUUGUCAACUCUUCCCACGACCCCUAUGCUGGAAUAAAGACCCCAGGCCAGAGGCAGCUCAUAGCUUUGCAGGAGAAAGUGAAAGUCGGGUUGCUAAGUGUAGAUGAUGCUGUCAGGGAAUUCAAGGCCUGGCAGCUGGACCAGGAUAGGAGAUCUCAGUCUUUGCGCUAUCAACAGGAAAAUUUAACAAGAUUACGCAACAGCAUUACCAGACGUCAGAAAGAAAAGGAGAAGUUUGGGAAGGAGAUGGGUUUGGAGAUAACUGCCCCAUUGCAGAGAGGUCGUCCCUGGGGCUCCAGCAUAGCCAUGGAGUGUUCAUUGUAUGAGCCCACCCCACAGGUUGUAGCCACACCCCCUGUGGUGACCCGGCCCAUCCAAAGAGGAACCUGGCAGACUGGCAGUACCUCCAGCACAUCCAGUAGUGGCAGUAACAGACUUAGCACACAUAGUACUAUUAGCUACAGCAGUGGGACUGAGCCUGAUUUUGAGGACACAGCAGACUUCCCCUCUCUUCCCCCACCACCCCCACGACCCCCAAGGAAUCCUGAGGCAGUGCCUCUACCUCCUCCCCCUAGAAUCCCGUCAAGACUACCAGAUAGUGUUGUUUUCUGUUCUACAUUUCAGGGCUUCAGAGAGAUUGCCGCCGGAGCGUUACAUAUCAUGCCCCUCUCGAGCACUUCCUCAGAAACCACCUCAAAGGCCCACAUAUCCCCCUCCUAUACCGCGAAGAACACGAUGACGUUCGUCACUGCUCUUGAUAUCAUUCUCAUAUCUGAAAUAAUAAAUUGUAUUAAAGCAGUUUUACUGCUAUAAACACCAAUAUAUAUAU